ACACGCGUCUAUUAACGUCUCGUAGAAAACCUCAAAAGCAGGCAAAAGUUUCCCUUCACACAAGUCACACAAGCAUAUACGUAUUUCUAUUCUGGGGCUUUCCACUUCUUCCCUGAGGCAAUUCAUGAGGAAACUGUUGAUCCUUGAUGGUGCCAGCAACAAGGACUCUAGAACCCAUCUGCCUGCUGACAGAGGCCCAACUCACGACAAGCUCUCGCCAGUUUUCAAUCCAGCAAGCCACGGUCCAAGAACAGUGGCUUCGGAAUGCUGGUUCCACCGGGCCGUCACUGUGGAAACUCCUCCAUCCAAAGAGCAACAAGGAACCCUCCGGUCUCGCCAUUCCCUAUGCCUGGCCCCUGGCAUCAGUGGCCAAUGCGAAAGAUGAGACAGGUGCCGUGCUGAGAGAGACAGAGAGAGUGACCCUCACUUGGUGCUUUCCCUUCCUUUGUAGAGCUGAUGUGUUUGUCUGGACCCGGGUUCCUUCGGCGUUCAUCCCCGGCCCCAGCGCACUUGCAACUGCUGCUGCUCUUUUGCCCACCUCAGCGGAGCCCCUCGGCCGCCCUCUCUUUCGUGUGGUGGGCUUUGCUGCUAUGAAGAGCUUCACGAAGCGCGAGGCGGACAGGAGGACGUUCCUGGAGCAGGUUCGGGAAAGCAAGGAGAACGGCUACCUGCUCUCCUCCAAGAAGAUAGGCUCGGGCGCUUUCUCCAAGGUCUACCUGGGUUACGCCACCCAAGAGAAGAUGAUGCAUAACUACAAGCUGGCCUCAGAUCUCCGGAGCAAGCGGCACUCCAUGGUGGCUAUCAAGAUCAUCUCCACGGCAGAAGCACCUGUAGAAUAUACCAAAAAGUUCCUUCCCAGAGAAAUCUACUCCCUCAAUGUAACCUACAAGCACUUAAACGUGAUCCAACUCUAUGAGAUGUACCGGAACAGCAAGCGCACCUACCUGGUCCUGGAGCUGGCGUCCCGCGGGGAUCUCCUGGAGCACAUCAACGCCACGUCUGACCGGAGGGAGUUCCCGGGGCUGGAGGAAGAGGAGGCACGGAGGCUCUUCCGCCAGAUUGUCAGUGCCGUGGCACACUGCCACAAUGUCGGCAUCGUCCACAGGGACUUGAAAUGCGAGAACAUUUUGCUAGAUGAACGUGGCUUCAUUAAGCUGACAGAUUUUGGGUUUGCCAACCGCUAUUCCCUGAAGAACUCCCUGAUGAGCACAUUCUGUGGCUCCGUGGCCUACACCGCCCCAGAGAUUCUCAUGAGCAAGAAGUACAACGGGGAGCUGGCUGACCUAUGGAGCCUUGGGGUGAUCCUCUAUGCCAUGGUGACAGGGAAGCUCCCCUUCAAGGAGCGCCAGCCGCACAAGAUGAUCCAUGUGAUCAAGCAGGGACUUGCAUUCCGGCAGCCGGUCUCUCCAGAAUGUCAGAACCUCAUUGAGGGCUUGCUCCAGCUGAAGCCGGCGUCCCGCCUGGGGCUGCAGCAAGUGGCCACGCACCGCUGGAUGCUGCCAGCCACGUCGGCAAUCUUCCACCGGGUGAUGAGCUCCAUGGGGGUCCAUCCAGAGUGCAAAAUGAGCCAGGAGAAGUCGCAGGUGACACAAGGUGAGACGGGAAGCUCCAAGUCGCAACUCCCUGGCCUGGACAGCACAGUGAAGGCCUCUGAAGGCCCAGCCAAGGAAGCCAAGCCACUCUCGGCGACCACCCCGGUGCGCGCCUCCUCAGCCACGGGAGCCUUCGCCGCCCGGAGCAAGGUGGUGGAGAAGAGGAGUCCCGAGUCCCCCGUGACCACCAACUGCAUCCUCCAACUCCCCUCCCCGCGGAAGACAGAGCGCCCCCCACGGCUCUCCUUGUACCGGCCCAGCCUGCUGACCACCCUGCAGCCCUUCCACCACCUGCCCAACUUCCGUAAGCCCGGCUCGGGCUUUUCCACCAGCGCCUACGUGACCAGCAAGCGGCUGGGGGACAAGGUGCCGGCCCGGGCAGCGGCACUGAGCGGUGGUGGCUCUUCCAGCCUCUCCAAGCAAGUGCAUUCCCUCUACACCAUGACUCCGUGCCCAUGACCCAAGGCCAGCCCCACGCCGCGCCCCCCCAACCUCAGACUCUUGAGCGGCUCCACCAGUGGGGCCAAGUCUCCCCGUGGAAAGACAGCGAAGCCAAAGGACAGGAAGCAGUGAGCACUAUUAAAUAUUAUUCAGAGUCCCACCCGGGGUGAAUGACGUGUGUGUGCUCCCCGCCCGGGUCGCUUGCCUUUGGGCACUUGCUGCUGCCGCAGAGGAGGAACUGAGGAGGCGUCCCACCGGGCCGCCUCAGGCGUCGCUGUUUCCCUGCCUUACACAUGUGGUUGUCCGCUGUUUCUCUCUAUAUACAUCAGUGUAUCUUUGCUCUGUGUGGCUGUCUCACACCCUCUUGUUGUUGCCGUCUCUGCCAUCGCAAGGUCUCCGUUUGGGCCUCUAAACCCUGUAGGGCCUGGGGAAGGAGUUUCCUGCAAAAUGCCUCCAGUUAAAGCAGUGGUCCUCAACCUUCCUAAUGCCGGCACCUCUUAAUAGAGUUCCUCAUGUUGUGGUGACCCCC